AUGAAGCUCCGGGCCCCAGCCAAGGCUCUCAGUAUACGCGACACACCCCCCAGAGCGUUACCUUGGCUUGUUGGAGCAGCGCUGGGCGUUCACCCUGUGUUUGUGCUUGUUGUCCUUAGCAGCGCGGGUCACGUGCUUGCUGUGAUCGCCGCAACAGAGCCCGCGCCUACUACCCCCCGCCGCUCUGCGCCCGCGACCCCCCGCCGCUCUGCGCCCACCACCCGCAUGCCCGCGCCCACCACCCCCCGCCGGCCUCCCCCUGGUGCGCUCCGCGCGCAUGGGGAGUGCCAUGAUUCUGCCUCUAGCAUAGAGAAGAAGAAGAGAGAGGAAAAGGAGGAGGGGGAGGAGGAGAAGGAGGAGGAGGGGGAGGGGGAGGAGGAGCAGGGUGACGUGUCCCCUGGGCUCCUAGCGCGUCACUAG